GCGGCCGGUCCUGCCCCCGGCAGCGGGCCCCGGGGUUGGGGGAGGGUGCCCGGGCCGUCCGCGGCCGGCAUGAGGUGGUGACCUUCCCGGGGGUUCCCCCCCACCCCCGGCCCCGGCCCGGGCCCGGCCGGAUGGAGCGGGGCGGCCUCUGGGGCCUCUGCUGCCUGGUCCUGCUGGCCCCGGGCCGGGGGGCUCGGGUCGCCCCCGGGGAGGCCGGGGAGGUCAAGGACGAGGACCCCCGGGCGGAGGCCGGGCCGACCGAGGCCUCGUUGCCGCCCCCCACGGAGGCGUCGGCCGGCGGCGACCGCUGCCGGGGCUACUACGACGUGAUGGGCCAGUGGGACCCCCCGUUCAACUGCAGCUCGGGGGCCUAUCACUACUGCUGCGGCACCUGCGGCUACCGCUUCUGCUGCCAGGACCGGCCGCGACGCCUGGACCAGGCCCGCUGCUCCAACUACAACAGCCCCGGCUGGACGCCCACCGGCAGGCCCCCCGCCCGCCCGGACGACACCCCCGGCCACCCCGCCCGGGACAAGACCAACGUCGUCGUCGUCUACGUCGUCUGCGGCGCCGUGGCCGUCUUGAUGCUGGCCGCCGUCCUCGCCAAGCUGGGCCUCGAGCGGGGCCGGGGCCCCCGGACCGAGAUGACCGUGGCCAGGACCCUCACUGACCUCCUGAAGCAGCCUGGUUCGGGCUCCCCGGACCCCCCGGCCGGCCCUCAGCGGAGCAGCGUGCAGGUGCAGAUGGGCGAGGGGCUGCCCAGGGGCUCCCCGCGGAGCGGCACAGACAAGCCACACCUGAACAGCGCCGGCCUGGGCACCGGCCACGUGCCCCAGCUCGGGCUGGCGCACCCUCACGCCGGCCGGCUACAUGUGGGCAGCAGCAUGACCCUGCAGGCGUCCGGCUACGCCAAGUAUGCCACCCUCAAGGCCGUGGAGAGCGCACCCGAGGAGUUCUACAAGCGCUUCCCGGCGGCGGACCUGCCCCCGGCGGGCACCCUGUCCUUUCCUCCCCGGCACCCCAAGGACCUGCCCACGCUGUUGGACGGCUGCCCCUGGAGGGGGGAGACCACCCCCGGCUCCAGAGUCAAGGGCGGGAGGACCAGCGCCCAGCCCCCGCCGCCCUCCAACCCCGCCUACGGGGGCUGGGAGCAGAGUCGCCCCCGACUGCACGGCCAUGCCCCCCGCCCUCACCACGCCCAUCACCCCCACCCCCACCACCCCUCCCCGGACCCCCGGCCACACGGCUACGUCCCCCAGAGGCAGGUCAGCGUGGAGAAGCUGCCCGAGGCCUUCGGCCAGCCGACGCCACACUACGGCGUUCCCCGACGGCACCUCUCCACCAACAGCAAGACGGAAGUCACCGUGUGAGCCGGGUCGGGGGGGGGGCCUGCCGACCCCCGUUAUCCUCUGUCGCUCCCCUCGUCACCCCGGGCCCCUCCCCACUGUCACGAGAGCAGUGGGAAACGGGGAGCGGGAUGCGGGAGCGGGGCCGCAGGCCGGGCCGUCGAGGCUUCAAACUGACCGCGGGGGCCGCUGGGUCCGGUGGCGGGGUGACGGCCUCCCAUUGGCAAACGGGAAUCCGGAGGGGGCGGCGGACCCCCCCCCAUCUCCCCCCGGCCCGGGGACCACCCUCUGGGACCUAGCCAGGCUGGCGCAGAGGCUCCGGCCCGGCUUUGCCGCCGGGGCCCGCAGCCGGUAGAGCCCCCGAGCCGGGGUGGAGUUGGGGGGGACCGAAAAUUGCCUCUCCUGCCGCAUGUCGAAGAUCCCUUCCCUGCCCUCCACCCCCCGCCCCCCACCAGAGAUAUGGACCACCUCCUUUUCCUGUGGCAGCAGCUGCGGGGGGGCUCCGCGCAGCUCUGGGAGUCGGGGGGAGGGAGAGAGAACGAGCCAGGGAGCUGCCGUGGAGCCGGGCUGGGACCGCAGUUAGGACCGUUUUUCUGGGGAAAGGACUGGGCCUCCCCCUCCCCUCUCGGCCCCUCCGUGCCCCCUCCCCAGUCUGUGCUCCCUCCACACUACUGCCCCUCCACCUGACUGUUCCCCCUCCCCAGCAGGGUGGGAAAGAACAGGCACUUUCUUUCCUCUAUCAAAGCCGGAUUAAGGCCCUUGGAAGCGGGGAGAGAAGGGGGGGAAUGGGGGGUGGGGGGGAAAUCUCACCUGAAGGGCUAUGGGCGGGGCCAAGGAGCCAAGGGCAGGGAGCUGUGCCCAUCUGGCCCUGCCCCCUGUAUCGAUGCCUUCCCUCCCCCCAAAUAAACACGCCCCAGCCCUCUUCCCCCACAAGCUGGGGGUCCGGCGAGGAGCGGGCUCUGGUUAUUUCACUGGC